AUGAUUAGAGAGACCCAUUUCAAAGAGGGUUACGGCGAGGGCCACGCCGACAACCUAAUCGCUGGCAAAGAGGAGGGCCGACAAGUGGGCCUCAAGACGGGUUUCGAGGUAGACGAAGAAUUAGGCUUCUACAUAGGCUGCGCCGACGUCUGGAGAUCUACAGUUUGGGUCGACUUGGGCUUCGUCUCGAGCCGAAUCCAGCGUAUGGAUGAGCUGCUCAAGAAGCACCCCAUAUUGGAGCCCAAAAACGAGACAAUCUCGGAUACCAUGGCCUCCCUGAAGCUUAAAUUUAGGGCUAUUUGCAACAGUCUGAAUGUGAAAUUGGAGUACGAUGGCUACCCGAAGGCUUUGAUGCAGGUGAUAUUAAGUUUUAAUGAUUGA